AUGAGAAGACGUCUUGGGAGCUCCCCAAGCGCCAAGCCGCCUUCUGCAGACGACCACCAGCAAAAGACAUGCGAAACACAGCUGGGAAGCGGAAUCGAGUUCCAUAAACCGUCCAGUUUCACUCUAUGGCGACUGCUGCUCACGGAGUUGAAUAUAUACAAAGACGAUCAGACAGACAAGACAAAAACACCCGAUGAAGAGGACGCGGUCGUGAAUUCAGAGCUGCUUUUGAAUUUUGUCAAACUGCCUAUAUUUCUGGAAAACUUCAUGUGUUUCGGGCUAGUCUACUGCGUGAUUGUAUUCCUCAAACAGAUAACUGUGGUGCCCCUGCGGUUUACGCUUCAUACAUAUCAUUUGAUCAGAUCGUGCUUCACAAACAGAAAUAGUUCGACGCUGCGUUCGGACCGAACCAAAAACGACUUUGUUUCGAUGAUGCUUAUCCUGUCCAGCCUGGUGCUCCUACGGAAUCUGGAUUCCAGUAAAAUGUACCACAACAUUCGCGCCGGAACGGCAGUGAAGCUUUACUUCAUGGUUGGUGUUCUGGAAAUCGCCGACAAGCUACUGAGUGCAAUUGGCCAAGACAUCAUCAAAGUGGUGUAUUUCAUUCCAAUCGCCACCUCGCGAAAUACACUCUCCAAGUUUCUUGUGGUCAGUGCAGUCAGUGUCUGCUACUUGACUCUGCACUCGUACGUUUUGGCAUAUCAGGUGAUGGCCCUUAACGUGGCCAUCAACUCCUACUCUAAUGCUCUUCUCACACUAAUUUUGUCCAACCAGUUUGCCGAGCUGAAAAGCUCGGUUUUCAAGAGAUCUGAAAGAGAAGGCCUAUUUCAAGUUACGUGCGCAGACCUAAACGAGAGGUUUCAGAUGUUGGUGAUGCUAUUUAUUAUCUCGUCCCGGAACCUGUAUCAACUUUACACAAACACGUCGGCCACCGCACUGUUCGAUAAUCUGAGACCAAACUCUUGGUACAGCCACGUGACGUUUUCCACCACCCUUAACAACUGGAUCGGCUUGUUGAUGGGCCCCAUGUUUACUGUGAUUGGCUCAGAACUGCUUGUGGACUGGCUAAAGCACGCCUACAUUACUAAAUUCAACAGGAUAAAGCCUACAAUCUACAACAAGUAUACCCGAGUGUUCGCGAGCGACUAUGUCAGCAGCUUCCGGUCCAACCUGACAGCGUCGGACGAGUACCCAGAAAUGCUGAUCAAGAGAACCGGACUGCCUGUAUUCACGCUCGCGAUAGUGUUCAUCAAGAUGUGCGUGUAUCCGUGGACGAAACGGUUCAUAUACAACGAGACCACCGAGUCAUCCAGCAUUACAGGGCUGCUUUUGUCCUUCCUUAUAUUUUCCCUGCUCACAGUCGUUCGCCUGGUUCUAUCGUUGGGCCUGCUCCGCUGGUCUAAUCGUAUACUUCGUGCGAAGCCUACCAAACAGGACUUUGUAAAAGGCGAUCCAAACGUGACGUUGGCAGAUGUCAAAGGCCAACGGACUCAGCUGUAUGACUCACAUGAAAAAAUGCCGCCUUCUCUUGAAGAAUUGAGGUCCGCAAAAAAAGAACGACUCGAUUCCGUUGUCAGAUUCGAAAUGGUUGAUAAGAGAAUUUGGUGAAAAAUGAUUCCUCGGCCAAAAUAUUUUUUGCACUCUUUUUUAAUGGAGGCUACACGCAAAGUCCCCGAUUACGGGGCUGUAGAAAGCGACAGCCUGCAGGAUCAGCCUGCGGCCAAAUUCAACUACGUCACCGAGCUCAAACUGAUAUGGAAAGACAGCAUGCCGCUUAUCGUCGCGUUCUUUUUGCAAUACUUCCUUAGCGUGAGCCCGUUGCUGAUUGUCAGCCGUGUUUCCGCACAGGCACUGGGUGCUGCUAGUUUGGCCACCAUGUACAUGAACAUCACGUAUUUGGGUGUUAUCCAGGGUGCUGUCACCGCUGUGGACUCGUUUGCUCCUCACGCUUACGGAGCAGGAAACUAUGCUUCAGUUGGCGAGGUGGUACAGAAAAACCUGGCCGUCAACGUCAUCCUCCUAGUUCCGAUGGUUGUUCUGUGCUGGUACAGCGGCAAAGUGCUGAGUGCUCUCCAGCCUGACCCCGAGCUGGCGUCUCUUGCCCAGACUUAUCUGCGGAUCGUCACGUUCGGUAUCCCUGGUCUGUUGAUAUUCGAGGUCGGCAAGCGGUACUUACAGGCUCAAAAGAUAUUCCAUGCGUCCACAUACGUGCUUCUGAUAGUAUCCCCCCUGAGUUUGGUUUUGACCUAUGUAUUUGUGUUCACUUUUGGUUGGGGAUACGUCGGCGCACCAGCGGUGGUAGUUUUGUCGUUCUGGCUGAUGGCGCUGCUACUAAUAGCUUACGCGGUCCUUGUUGAUGGCAGCAAGUGCUGGAGCGGGUUCAGUUACAAAGCGAUGUGCAGCGGCUUGUACGACCAGAUAUAUCUGGCCCUGUUCUCACUGAUUUCCGUGGAGGCCGAAUAUUUCGCGUUUGAAAUCAUGGCGCUGGCCGCCGCAUAUUUUGGAGAAACGGCGCUCGCAUCCCAGUCGAUCUGUGCAGCUGUCGGGUCUCUUAUCUUUCAAGUCCCGUUCGCUUUGAGUUGCUCCAUUUCCACCAGAAUAGGAUCAUUCAUUGGGGCCGGCGACCUGGAACUUGCCCAAAAGUCGACAAACAUGUGCAUGAAGGCCACUUUCGCUUUAGGAAUCAGUGUCUGUAUCUUUCUGCUGAUCAUGAUGAGGCCGAUCACAAGAGUUUUCACGGAUGACUCAGUUGUUGCGGCAGAAUGCUACAAGAUAUUGCCUGUACUUUUUUUCACGCAAUGUUACGAUAUGGUCAACGUGACCUGUCAGGGGCUGCUGAGAAGCCAACGUCGCCAAGAUGUUGGCUCGGUUUUCAGUUUGUGUUCAUACUACAUUCUCGGCUGUCCUCUUGCAUACGUACUAGCGUUCAAGCUCGGUUUGCAGGUGCGUGGCCUGUGGAUCGGACUCAGCGCGGCUGUGUUUCUGCUCACAUUGGUGGAGAUUAUGCUUUUGGCGCGCACGAAUUGGCCAAAGGUUAUGGAGCUGGCCAAGCAGGAGGAAGACGAGUAAUGUUUAUAGAGAGAAUUCGAUUCC